GGUUACAUGUUCCCUUUUGCUCUACCAAUCUCCACGCUACACAUCAAUAAGACACACCUUCAUACCUUCUACACACUUAAGCAACGAACUCAUUUACUCUUGCUGUUCCGCUGACUAUUUUGCUUCCACUCCACCUUCACGACAAUUGAUCGCUUUUUGUAUCCGAUCGCCCAUUAACAUCCAAAAGGUAGCGCCAGAAUUCCUGCGACCAUGGCGUCCCUCGCCGCGGGGAUAGUCGAUCCCACAAAAGCCGGCAAAUACCCAGUUGUUUUGAGCGAUGCCUUGCUCGGCAAGAACCCAAAGGAGGUUUUCACCGGUGUUAGAUAUAAUCAUAAGCCGUCAUUAUCGUCAUCUACUGCGCCCGCCCAGGCACGAAUAAAACCGACGUCAGCAUCUUCUUCCAAGAAGGGCGCUUCUACAUACGACCUCGCCUUCCAGGAUGACGGUGGUCGUUACCAAUACAAAGGAACACGCGGUGUCGAAGACAGCCAAUAUGUGCUGAUCUUCGACCCCGCCCGCGAGGUCUUUGUCUUGCACAAGGUAGACUCUAUGUUCAACAUGAACUUAGUAAAGACGCCAUCAAACGACGACCCCGAAAGCUUGCGACAAGAGUUUCCUCACCUGGACGCUCAUAGUGCUGCUAGCAGCGCCAAGGCUACAGGAUCGACGAGACAACCUGCAAAGGGAAGGAAAGAAGAGAAGAAGACGGCGGCUAAGCCGCGGAAGCCAGCAUCGAAACCAAAAGCAGAAGAUAAGCCGGCUCUAGCAAUGCCCGAGAAGAAAUCACCUCCGAAGCCCGUAGCAACUAGCAAGCCGCGCCGCACCUCAGACGAUUCGGAGGAAGAGAGCUCGGACGACGACCUCGGCCUUACAAUAGAGAAUCCAGGUGGCGAGGCGCCGAGAGUCAAUCAACACUACUCUCCCAACCUCUUUGGAAUUCGUCGUUUCUCCGAUUUGAUGAAUGAGGGCGAAGACGAGAAGAAUAACGAGGAGCACGACGAUGCUGACGGCGAAGAAGACGACGAUGAGCCUAUUGAGCACUUCGUCCUACCUAGCCCGAUAAACCAGCAGAUGCAACAAACUAGCAACGCCCAUAAACAUCCGCAAGCCAACGAGGAAGAUGAGGAAGACGAGGAUGAGGAGAUGGAGGAUGUGCAGCAAGAACAGCCGGCUAACGCUGAGGAACCUGCCCUGGAUGAGUCGGAUCUCGAGGCUGCGCUGUUGGCCGAACUGGGCGAAGAGGAUCAGCAAGAAAGCGACGUGAGCGAGGAGGAGUAGGAGAAAAUAUGAUUAUUUUUCAUCUUUUUUUUUCUUUUUCAUUAUUGAUUUCAGGGAUGCGCACUUGAGGCGAUAUCUUUAUCUGAUCUUCCGGGGAUAUAAUAAAGCGGCGCCUGGUGUUCUGGAUACCACAUGAACGGGUGGAUGGAAUAUCGGAAUCAAAUAAAUGACGGAUAGAGAUCUCUCGGCAGAAGCGGUGGCCUGGCCUUGAUUUAGUUAUUUUUAUUGACGAAUAUUUUAACGAUUACCUAGUAGUUACAGAGUGUCCUAGCAUUUCUAGAGGCGAAAACAUGACACUAUCCUUUAACGAGAUUAGUUGGGAUUAAGUAGACUUUGGCAUGGACGAUGGCUUGAUGUUAUGUUUAACCGGGCAUUCCUGAAUACACUGGGAGAUAUGUAUUGGGGGGGAUAAACUCCUCUAAUACAUAGGUGCCCAGGUAGAGCUUAGUCUAGAAGAUGGAUACGCAGACGUAUAGUAUACUAUUAGAUAGUCUGUGUUCACCACUAAAACUUUACGCGCCAU